UAAGGUAAUGUGUUCCUUUUUAUAUAAAAAUUCUAGAUAAGUGUGGAACGAAUUGCAAAUUAAGUUCUACUGAAUCCAAAAAUCUGUUCAGUUAAUAUUCAACUUCGAUAAAAUAGAACUCUAUAACAAAAAAAAACAUUAAAGUUAAGAAAUCUGUUAUGAAGAAAUCUGAAAACGUUUUUGAUAAAAGAACAGGAAAUAAUGCUAAAUAAUACAAAAUUAUCGAAAGAAUUAUAAAUUUAUAGCAUAAUAUACUAUUUAGGACACGAGGACACUUACACAUGUAACUGAAUCAGUUGAGAUUAUCAUUAUCACAAAAUGGACAUUAGUAUUGGCAUACGUAUGUCGCUAUAUCUAUACCUGUUUAGAAACUUGCUUAUCUCGAUACGUGGCGGAGGAAGCAGCUGUCAAUUGUCAGUAGUUGGUAUACAAUCGUACGGAGACUUUCGUUCUCAAGAAACGUUGAAAAAUUUGUCCGAAAUCGUAUUGGUAAUUAACCAAUUGUGAAAUUGAUGAGCGUAAAUCAACAAGCGGAAAGGUGUGAUCCAUUUAAACUUACGCGAUCAAAUUGUUGUUAUUCAAAGUGAUAUGGUAUGCUUAUCAGAGUGAAAAGACGAUGAAAAUAAUUGCAAUGUGACAGUGUCAUCAAAAAAGUACUACAUAUUGACAAAAGUUUGUGAAAAAUUUUAUAAAUAAUUACAUGGGAGAAUAAUGAGAUACAAUAUAUAACUAUGAGUGGCAGUUAGUUGAUUUUAUGAUUAAAAAAUGAGCGACUAUUAAUUGUAUUUAUGGUGUGGUCGACGUUGCAGCGAAUAUAAUCGUUAAUAAUUUCUUUUUCAUAUUUUCUUAUAGAUUUGAUUAGAAAAUUAAAUGAUGGUUUGUAACUUUUUUCAAAAUUGUAUUUUAUAAAUUUUACGUACAAAAACACACUGAUUAUAAUCAUAACAAAUUUGUCGAUGCUUGUUUUCCAAAAGUAUGAAAUUAUUUACCUUCGUAUGAUUUCUAGAGAAAACAUGCCCGCCAAUGGAGAUAACGAUAAUCGAAGAACGAAAGACACGGAUCCGGUGCUCGAAGCACUUGAUAAACUCGGAUAUGGGUCCAGUUUUUUAUGGAUAAUAUUCAUUUUUACACUGACACCGACGAUAUUCAAUGGAAUGCACUCCAUGUCUUAUAUCUUCAUUGCCGAAACUCCCACACAUUGGUGUGCAAUACCAAGUUUGACUGCCGCGAAUUGGACGGACGAAGAAAUAAGAAACAUCUCAUCGACCAGUUCAUGUACUAUGUACAAUUAUAGUUAUGAAUACUUUGCGCAUAUUGGAUUCGAGAAAGCAUUAGAAUAUAAAAUUUCGAAGCCUCUACCUGAGUCGAUUUCCUGUGAAGUAAGGAGUUUCGCGAAUGACAUCGAUGGAACUUCUCUCGUGCAAGAUUGGGAUUUGGUGUGCGACAAAACCGUGGCCCGUUCAAGCACUCACAUGGCUUUGUCCCUUGGAAAAUUAUUGGGUAGCGCUUUAUUCGGAGUCAUCGCGGAUAAAUAUGGCCGAAAAAUCUGUUACGUUAUUGGAAUAGUAAUGUUAAUCAUCUCUGGUCCAGCUGGUGCGAUCGUGCCUUGGUAUUGGGGUUUUAUAAUCUCGAGAGUAGUUAAUGGUGCUAGUCAUGCAGCCAUACAGUAUUCGUCUUUCACGACACUCACAGAGGUAGCGAAUGAAAAACACAGACAAUGGAUGGGAAUUGCUUACAACGUCGGCUAUGCCACAGGGAUAGUAAUUGUGCCGGGUGUAGCGUAUUUGCUACACGAAUGGAGAUAUAUUCAAUUAGCAAUAUCCUUACCGGCUUUGCUUUUGCUAAUACACUUGUGGCUUAUGCCAGAAUCUCCACGAUGGCUGAUAGCUCACAAUCGUCGACAGGAAGCGAAGAGUUUAAUCGAUAAAGCAUCUAAAGGAAGUCCUGAUGCAGAAAUGAGCACGUCAUUGACACCAAUCAUACAAAUACAAGAGUUAAAACAAGAAUCGAAGGAUACCAAAAGAGGAUUGCAUAAAAAUAUGAAAGGAUUUUGGGUGCUUCUUAGCAAUAGUGAAUUACGAAAGAGGAUUAUUAUCACGAAUUUUACUUGGAUGACAGCUUCUUUGACUUAUUACGCGUUAGCGUUAAAUGUAAACAAUUUCUCAACAAAUCGCUACAUUUACGUGUUGGUGAUGGGUUUAACCGAAAUACCAGCUUAUUUGAUACCGACACCGAUUCUAAUGAUUAUGGGACGACGUCCAGGAAGCGCAAGUUUAUAUGUCAUAGCUGCGUUAUGUCUACUCUGUAUUCUCGCAAUUCCAACGACUGAAAACGAUGCAAUUAUGACCGUAUCCUUAAUUGGUAGAUUCAGCGCGUCAGCUGCUUAUGGGAUCGUCAUUCUAUAUAGCUCGGAGCUUUUCCCCACGGUCUGCAGAAACUCCGCGGUUGGUACGAAUUCUGCGAUGUCGCAUGUCGGAAGUGUGGCCGCGCCUUACGUCGCUGAUUUAUUAGGAGCUGUUGUAUGGUGGGGACCAACGACUCUUUGCGGUGGCUUAGCUUUAAUAGCAAGUAUAGUAUGUUCGAUAUUGCCGGAAACUCGGGGCAGGCCGUUAGCGAACACCGUCGACGAGGAAAUUACGGAAGAGCGAGAGAACGUGUCGUUUUAUAACGCUUGCAAGUGUGUAUGAAAUACAACAGUAAUGGGCUCAGGACCGGUAUGAUUUCUGAUACAUUAGCUCAUUCUAAUUUGUUCAUAAGAUCCCUUUUUUGUUCACAAGACUCAUUCUUCAAAUGAAGCAAGAUCAAUCUAUAUUUCU